AAAAGUAAUCAAGACACUGAAUUUUUCUCCACAGCUCGAGCUACACUGGAAAUCCUUAUUCCUGACUUUGUUAAACAGACCUCCGAGGAGAAGCCCAAAGACAGUGAAGAACUUGAGUAUUUUAACCAUAUCAGUAUUGAGGACUCACGGGUAUAUGAACUGACCAGUAAAGCUGGACUCUUGUCUCCAUAUCAGAUUCUCCAUGAGUGCCUUAAAAGAAACCAUGGAAUGGGUGACACAUCCAUAAAGUUUGAAGUGAUUCCUGGGAAAAAUCAGAAGAGUGAAUAUGUCAUGACGUGUGGCAAGCACACAGUGCGAGGCUGGUGCAAGAAUAAAAGAGUGGGGAAACAAUUAGCUUCACAGAAAAUCCUACAGCUACUGCAUCCACAUGUGAAAAACUGGGGUUCUCUUCUGCGUAUGUAUGGUAGAGAGAGUAGCAAGAUGGUUAAACAGGAAACAUCUGAUAAAAGUGUGAUAGAACUUCAGCAGUAUGCCAAAAAGAACAAGCCAAAUCUGCACAUCCUGAACAAGUUGCAGGAAGAAAUGAAAAAACUGGCUCAAGAAAGAGAGGAAACACGAAAGAAACCCAAGAUGACGAUAGUAGAAUCAGCUCAGCCUGGUAGUGAACCUCUGUGCACUGUUGAUGUGUAAUGAGGAAUCUCACAAGUGGGGAGCAAUAACACAAAUGGAGGAACUAGAUUUUCAGCAAUUAUUUAAAAGUCUGUUUGCUGCAGAAUGCAAGAUAACUUAAAGUCCAAGCUGCUUCAGUUAUGCAUUAUUCUUUCUGCAUCAGGGCAAUAUUACAUUUUCCUUUUUUUAUUUUCCUUAUUUUCCUUUUUUUUUUCCUCUUUUUAUACCUCUGAUAUGUAUGUUUAAAGGGUUGAUCAUAAAGAUCUCUACUUGGGUAAAUGCCCAGAGAACAGGCAUGUUCACACAGGAUAAACUCAAGCAAGCACUUUUUCCUUGAAAGUCAUCCAUGCUGUUUGAAACGGAUGUGUUUUAAGGAUCAAAUUCAGAAUAUCUAUGUACAGGUUGAAGCUGAUACUAUAUAUAGUAUGUAUACAUAUAUAUGAAUUAUAUAUACACUUUCUGUAUGAACAUGCCUACAACUAUUUUUGUGAAAAGAUUUGUUGCAUUUCAGCACAUAAUAAUAUGCACUGAUAAGACACUUUGGUAAGAAUACACGGAAGUGAUGAGCAAUGUGUCUCAUGCCAUAGGAUCAGGCCAGUAAUGCUGUUUCUUUUGGUCGUUCUGUCUCCUGCCAGGUGGAUGUUCAAGAUCACAGUAGGCAGGUUUGG